AUGUCGAACCCCGCGGAAAGAGAAGGCGAAGAUAACUACGAGCGCGAGAAUGAUGCAUCGCCCGUAACUGGUGAUUUCGUCGACAACUCGUACGCAACUGAGACCAACCCCAACUUGAAGACUCGAGUUCCUGUCCAGCCCGACGAGGCCGAUUUUGACAACCCAAUGCAGCCGCCAUACGCCAACACUGAUCAGCAGUUGGCGGAUGAUGAAAAUGAGGCGAUGGAUGAGUCCAAUAUUCUGGGCGGUGAUCGUCUGCGCCAUGCGAAGCCUCGCUCUGCCAACAAGUAUAGCGAAGGCCCCGACGAAGGUGACCUGCCGACUGACAUUCGUGAUGGCCUGUCGGGUGUGUCAGGGACAAAGCGGCUGUCGUAA